CUCCCAAAACACCAAAACAAACACAAGAAACACUCUUUCUCUCUCUCUCCCUCUCUCUCUCUCUCUCUCUCUCUCUCUAUCUCUGUCUGCAAACCAGACCAUGAGCGGCGGUGGGGAGACUAGGGUUUCAAUCACGGACAAUGUAAAGCUCACGAUCCAGAACAUCAGAGAUAUGACCGGGAAGCAGCACGGCGACGAUGAAAUCUACGCCGUGCUCAGGGAGUGCUCUAUGGAUCCCAACGAGACCGCUCAAAAGCUCUUGUAUUUAGAUACCUUUCAUGAGGUCAAAAGCAGAAAAGAUCGGAGAAAGGAGAAUUCAAAAGACAGAGCAUCUGAAGAUUCUAGAAUGCCACCAGGCACACAGAGGCGAGUGUCUAGGGGUGGUGGCCAAGGGAAUUAUUCUUCUAACUUCUCUUCUGAUGCUGGUGGUGGGAGGAAUUAUUCUGCUCGGAGGGAAAAUGGGGCCAAUCACUUUGCAGAUAGAGGUCCCAUGCCCUCUCCUGUUAAGCCAGUUCCGAAAACAAAAAAUACUGCUCCAGCUCCAGGCCCAAAAGCUUCAACUGGCUCACCAAAUGGGCUAAAAAACCUGCCAAAUGGAAAUUCUACUCAUGGUGGUUCCCCCAAAUCCCCUACGGAUGUUGACAACAAUGUUCAUGAAGGAUUUUCAGCUAUAGUUGUAAAAGUGUCAGGGGCUGCAGCACCUCCUCCUGCUGUUGUGGCAUCUACACCUAGCUUUGGCUCACUGGAUGAUGAGAAGUCUGUGUCAAUGCCUAACCAGAACCCAGUUUCUGCUACAUCUGCCCCUGCUUCAACCGUUCCUUCCUCUGCGUCUGAUCCUACUCUGUCAAAUCAUACUCAAGGAAUCCAAAAAGGUUCUGGUAAUGCUAUUGGUUUAGAGUUGUCCAAAAGUGAAAAAACGGCCCCAAGAUCUGUUAAUUCUAUGCAAAACGGAAAAACUUCAAAUGAUUGCAAGGUGGCUGAAAACUAUGGAGAUAUUAAGCAUGAUGGCUCCUUGGCCCAGAUGCCUUCCAAUAGUGAUAAACAGUCACAGUUAAAGCCUAAUGUUCCUGCCAAAGUGGUCGCACCGGAGGUUGCAACAAAUGCUGUUGAAGCUACUUCUCACUUGCCUCGUGACUUGAGAGCCUCAGUUGCAAAACAUGUUACUUUCCCAAAUCAUAUCCAAGUGCCUGAAGCUUUGAAAAAUGUAUUGACCUUUGGAAGUAUCGAUGCUCCUUUUGGAGUGAGAGUAGACUCUGUUAAGGGUACUGGUGGCGAUAAUUUCUCUAUGGGUGCAGUUGAGUCUUCCCAGGAUACUGAUGAAACUGCUAAAGAACCGUCUCCCAGCAAUAAUAUUGUAUCCGCUUCUGUUCAAGGAGAUUCUGAAAGUUUAGCUGACGCUCUUAAAAACUUACCACCUCUGGAUAAUGUAUCUUCAAGUACAAACUCAAAACUUGAACUGCCGAAACAGGACUUGCAGUUGCCACCAGAAGGUCACCAGAACCCAACAGCUUUAAAUACCCCGACUUAUAGUCUGGGUUUCUUUCCCCCUAUGCUAGGGAGCCAACUUUUACAAGUUGAAGGGCAUGAUAAUCCGGCUCAUGAAACAGCCCGCCUUCCAAGCUUUGUUGGUGACAAUCCUGCUGCUGUGCCUAGCCCAAACUCAACUCCACCCCUGCCAAGCUCGGCAGCUGUCUCUCAGCAGUCCAUUCCUAUGUACAGGCAGACUUAUCCCCCAAAUUUCUACCCAUACGGCCACUAUCUCUCUCCAUAUUAUAUGCCACAUAUGCAGCAGUUCUUAAGUCACAACGGUGGCUUUCCUCCACAGCCUUCUACUGGGAAUGUUUUUCUACCACUGCCACCACCAGGGGCAGCUGCUUCCGGGGUUAAGUAUUCUCUUCCACAUCUCAAGCCUGGUGCCAAUGCUGGAAGUCCAACACAAUACAGUUUUCAAUCUGGUGGUCCAUUUAUCACCACCGCUGGUGGUUAUGUUCCGGGUCCAACAGUUACAUCUGGAAGCUCUGUUGGUAAUGAAGAUCAUGGAGCAUCUCAACCGAAGGAAAAUCAUAUCUACACAACCGGACAGCUGACAGAAGGCUCAUCUGUGUGGAUACCUGCUCCAGGACAAGAUAUAUCCAGCUUGCAGAUGAGUUCCAUGUACAACCUUACUCAGGGGCCGCGUUUCACCUUCUCACCUAUGCAGGCUGGUCACGGUGGCAUGCCUGGGAUGUAUCCACCAGGGCAAACUAUUGUUUCUCCGACAUUUCUGCAACAACAGUCUCCAGCUGUGGCGGGAGCUGCUGAAACGAUAGGACCCCAGUCCGCUCCUUAUCACCAGGCUCAACAAACACAGACAAAUUGGAAUUAGGUAUCAUUUGUUUUGGCAGAAAUACAUGCGAGAGGCGACGAUACAUCUUCCGAGGGUCACGUUUAAACUGGGUAUCUGAUAGCGGGCAUGUUUUGAGUGUAUAUAUGAAAUGCUGCCCAGAAAAUUUUGGAAUACCUGCUUGAGUGACCAUCUGAAGUUGAAAGAAGAUAGGAUGUUUGGGUUUUCCCAGUGCUCAGAUUUUAUCCUUUUUUUUUCUUAGUCUUUUCUUUUUCCUUUUAUAAUUUUAAUUCGAAAAGUAAUAUUUUGGUGGGAAAACUGAGGAGGAUGAUAAGAGUUUAGAGGUGGGUGGGAUUUAUCAAGUUUUCCUUUUCUGAUGUCUCACCUGUAUAUUAUGAUGAUAUAUAUGAUGAUAGCAAGAAAAAUGUCGAAUUAUACGAUUGUAAUUUGUACAUUGAGAAUUGGCUUCUCUAUUUGUUUGGUUGGUUAGAAAUGUGGUGUUUUUAUUUUA